UCUCAUGUUACUUUCCCUUUGUUUUUCCUUUUCCGCCUCAAUGCUUGCUUCAAUAAAAUAUUUUCCUCAUAACAAGUUGAAACCCUCGAUAAACCUUAUCGCUUCAGCUCCUACAACUCAAAGCCACAUUUAUCCAAUUUGAGUUUUCCUCUCAUUUUCCAAAACUCCUAAUGGGGUUGUUCGCCACCAGGCGCACGUUAGCUUCCAGCAUAUACCGUGCACUCGCUUCAUCAUCAUCAUUGUCUCGAUUUCGUUUUGCUGUUCCCCUUUUCUUGAAUCCCCAGUACUACCCAUCAGAGCAAUUCGUUUCGACCCGUCCCAAGACAUCCGGGUCGGGUUACUCUCCCCUCAAUGAUCCUUCUCCCAACUGGAGUAAUCGGCCGCCGAAGGAGACGAUUCUUUUAGAUGGAUGUGAUUAUGAGCAUUGGCUGAUUGUCAUGGAGUUUCCUGACCCUAAACCCUCCGAGGAAGAUAUGAUUAAUGCAUAUGUCAAAACCAUGGCUGCCGUUCUCGGAAGUGAGGAAGAAGCAAAGAAGAAGAUUUACUCUGUUUGUACAACCACAUACACUGGGUUUGGUGUUUUGAUUUCUGAAGAACUUUCCUACAAGGUUAAAGGUCUACCUGGUGUUUUGUGGGUCUUGCCAGAUUCAUAUCUAGAUGUCCCCAGCAAGGAUUAUGGAGGGGAUCUGUUCAUAGAUGGAAAAGUCAUCCAUAGGCCACAAUAUAGAUUUAAUCAAAACCAAGGUACUAGACCCAGGCCUCGGCCUCGUUAUGAUAGACGCCGGGAGACCAUGCAGGUUGAAAGAAGAGAACCAACACAAAGAGGAGCAGGGGUACCGAAUCAGCUACCUCCUGCACAACCCGUGUCAAUCGAAGGCCAUAAUUUCUCCCAUGGAACUGGAGGAGGUCCAGCAGGAUCUCAGGGCAACAGUAGUUGAAGUUCCUAUGCCAAUUGUCAUACAGUAAAAUCUGUAGUAAUGGGAUUAGGUUUGAUCUGAUACUAUUUGCCUCUUAAAUUGUUCGUUUCAUGAGUUCUCAACUGAGCCGACAUAUUUUCUGGAUGAAAUGUGAAUAUCUUUUCAUACCUGUUCACGUAAAGAGCAUUGUGUCAUAUACUAGUAGAUGCAUCUUUUGCCCGAGUUGUCUUCUGGAAAAACUUUGCAUAUUUCAGUGUUGUAGAACAGUUAGUCAAAACAGUGUCAAUGUGGAGAUGCUAAUUUUAAUGAUGUUUGCUGUUAGUUUUGUUC